AUGUUCCUUAUAAGAGUGUGUUUGGGCUGCGUGGUCCUAUCCCUGUCCGUAUUCCUCGCCAAUACCUGGGACUAUUGCCAGGAGCACUGGUGUCCGCGGGCCAAUAACCACGUGGCCUGCAACAACAAUGGGACUUUAGGUCCCGAGUGCGGCACGGAAGCCAAGCUUAUACCACUGAACGGCCCUCUGCGCACAUUCAUUGUCAACCAGGUGAACUUCUAUCGUAACCAGGUGGCGUCCGGCGGAUUUUUAGACUUCGGUGCCGCCCACCGAAUGGCCACCGUCCGCUGGGAUCCCGAGUUGGCCCGGUUAGCCGAGCUGGCGGCUAAGAGGUGCAGCCUGUCCGGCGAUGAAUGUCGCAACACCAAGCGAUUUAAGCACGUGGGCCAACUGACGGGUCACGUGACCUUCAGCUUGGGAAAGCACAGCGAUCUGGAGCUGUUGAAGCACAAGAUCUCCAACUGGUUUGGCCAGUAUAAAAGAGCCACCAAGGAGCUGGGCCCUGCCGAUCCAGCCAGCGACAUCACUAGUUUCCGGCAGCUGAUUCAGGAAAGAGCCACCCACAUGGGAUGCGGGGUCCUCCGACAACGACGCCACAGACGGUGGCACCAGCAGUUCAUCGUCUGCAACUUCGCCCGCGAGAAUGUAGCCCUCGAACCGGCCUACGAGGUGGGUCCUCUGUCAGCCUCAGGUUGCACGGCGGGGCGCAAUCCCCUCUACCCCAAUCUCUGCGCUCUGGAGGAACACUACGAUGUGAACGCUGUCGACCGCUUCCAAACCAAACCUCCGCUUAGGAUCAGGAUCAAGUACAGCGGAUCAAAGUUGUCCGAAGGCUCGGAAGCAGCCUUUGGCUUGGCCUACCAUCCUAACAUAGAAUUGGGACUUCUUUAAGGAAGGCUUAGAGGUUUUUCUUUAAAUCUUUUUCAUUUUUUCUUAUAUAACAACAAUGUAACAUUUUGUUGAAUUUAAACUUACUAACACUUUACCAU